AUGAGUGAAAAUUUGGAAUCAUUUAGUCUUCUCUGGCUCGAUAGAUCAGUGAAUGCAUCCCAAGAAAACAUUGCAGCACAAUCAAAACUUCGUGCAAUUAUCAAUCAUUUGAAAACAUUUGAAAAAGCUGAAGAAUGCGAGAAAUAUAUUCGAAAGUGUCCUGAAACAGAUCGCAUUGUAUUGAUUGUUAGUGGUGGUUUAGGACAACAGAUUGUACCUCAAAUCGAUCAACUUCCACAGCUCAGUUCUAUCUAUGUGUAUUGUAUGGAUGAGAAGAAGAAUCGGGAAUGGUCCAAGAAUCAUCCAAAGGUGAAACAUGUCUUGGCUAGUCUUCCUAAGCUCAUUCAUCAAAUUGAAUCAGAUCAAAUCAGGAAGGAUAAUACGGAAGAAUCUAGUCCGAUCAGUGUUUCAGAAACCAAUAAACCAACAGAUCGAUCUUCGAUCGGUCUCACUAGUCGAUAUGUUUAUUCUCGAUUACUCAUUGAAGAACUUAUUCGAAUGAAACCUAAAUCAGAAGACAAGGAAAAGUUUAUUUCCUUAUGUGAAAAACAAUAUCAAGGCAACGAAACACAGCUCAAAUAUUUGAAAGAAUUCCAAGAUAAAUAUACACCAGAUAAUGCCAUCCGAUGGUAUACAAAAAAGUCUUUCGUCUAUCGUAUACUGAACAAAGCUUUACGUGUACAGAAUGUACAAUUACUUUAUUUAUUUCGAUUUUUUAUUCGUGAUAUUUGUCAUCAACUCGAAAAGUAUCAAUGUUCGACACCUGUUACUGUCUAUCGAGUUCAAUCAAUAUCACAUGAUGAACUUCAAGGGUUAAAACGUUCGAUCGGAAAAUUGAUUGCAAUGACUUCAUUUGUUUCUACCAGUUUGGAUCAAGAAAGAGCUCUGAAAUUUCGCGACAAUAACUCUGAUCUUCCACAAGUCUGCUUCGAGAUCUAUGCUGAUCCUAAAGUCGAAAGUAUCAAACCGUUUGCAAAUAUUACAUCUCUCAGUAAAUAUAAAAAAGAACAAGAAAUACUGUUCAUGCUUGGAUCAAUCUUUCAACUUCUUGAUGUUCGUGAAGAGAAAUUUCAAGAUCAAAAGCCCAUAUGGAUGGUUCGAAUGACACUAUGUAGUGACAAUAAUCAUAGUGUGAAAACUAGCUUUCAAGAAAUGAAAAAUGAGAUAUUUGGCGAUAAUCAUGAACCAAACAAAUUCUCUUUUGGAAUUCUAUUGGAAAAAAUGCAUAAAUUAGAAGAUGCCGAAAUGUAUUAUUUAAGUCUUCUCGAUGAAUUAGAUCCCAAUCAUUCGGAUAUUCUUCAAUGUUAUUUCAUACUUGGUAGCCUUGCAUGGAAGCGAGGCGAUUGUGAAUUAAGUCUGAAGAUGCACCAAAAAUCGCUCGAGUAUAAACAAAAAAUGCUUCCACCAAAUCAUCCAGCAAUUGCCAUAAGCUACAACUGUAUCGGCAAUAUCUAUGCAAAUAAUAUGGAUAAUGAAAAAGCGCUUCAGUCAUACCAUAAAGCAUGGGCAAUAUACAAACAAACUUUCGGUGCAGAACAUUUGAACGUUGCGAUGUGUCUGAAUAACAUCAGUAAUGUUUUGCAGCAAAGUAGAAAAUAUGGAGAAGCUCUUAAGUAUCAGCUGGAGGCAUUGAGAAUUCGUCAGAAACGCCUUUCAUCCAAUCAUAGAGAUUUGGCCACAUCGUACAAUAAUUUGGGUCUUCUCUAUCGAGAUAUGGGUCGUCUAGAUGAAGCGUUAAAUCAUUUCGAAAAGUCGAUCAAUAUAAAAGUAAAGUUACAUCUUGAUGAUCAUCCAUCAAUUGCCAGAACAUACGAGAAUAUGGCCGCUACUUACGAAAAGAAAAAUUCUCUAAACGAGGCAAUUACUUAUUACAAUAAAGCAGCGAAUAUAUACAGUUCUUCAACUGAUUCUCAUCAUGAAAAAUGUGUUAAAAUUGAAAAGACAAUCCAAUCUCUCGUAUCUCAGAUGAAAUCUAAUAACGAAGUUCUAUCCGACUCCGGCAUGCGUUCCCGAUAUCAAAGAAACUGAUAUGUCAUAGAAAAGGAAUAAUCUGCAUUACUGUUUACCAUGAGACACUUCUCUCUAAACGAUAUUUAUAUUGUAUUCGAAUCAGGUUUUUUUUUCCUAAUAAAUCGUCAAAACUACGUUUCGAUCGAUUACUGAUUUGGAAUCAAAAUGAGAGUUAAAAAAUAGCCAUUGUAAAAUCUGCUGUAAAGAACACUCUAUAUGAGAUUCUAUCAUCAUGUUUAAACAUCACUAUUUUUUGACUUUCCAUUUUCAAGAUCAUCACGACCGAAAAUGACAACUUUAAAAAAAUGGAGUGAAAUGUUUUUCUUAGAUAUUUUUACAUGGUUCGAUGAAGUUCAUUGAGCUCUACAAAACUGUAUAUGUGAAAACUUUUCUGAGUCAUUUUUUUGUGAAAAAAAAUUCAAAAAACUAUUUAGAAAAUCUUAAAAAACGUUAAAAAAAGCCAUAUUUUUUAGAUGAAAGAAAAACACUCGAAUUUUCAAAAAAAAUUGAUGUUUUUUUAUUUCCUCAGGCUUUUCGAAAUAUAUUCAUUCGAUGCAGCAUGAAAAAUUGCAUCGAAUGAGUAUGUUUUCAACAUCUUACAUAAGAACACUAAUGGAAAACAGCUGAAUUUAGUGUAAAAAAUGUGGACUUUUGGCACAUUCUUUAGACAGUUUUCAGUGCAUUUAAACGCAACAACUCUGUUUAAAAAUUUUUCAUAUAUACAGUUUUGUAGAGCUCGAUGAACUCUAUCGAACCAUGUAAAAAUAUCUAAAGAUAUUUCACUCCAUUUUUGAAUUACUGGUACCUUACUUUACCACUGCAAAAACUAUAAAAUUUCUGAAAGUUUCUUAAGUUCGAUAUUAAAAAGUUUUUAUAACCCUUACUAUUUAGUAUCAAUAAACCCCGUUUUUGACGAACUUUUAUUUGAUAUAAAAUUC